UCACUCCAGAUCUUUUUAACAUCAAGGUGAUAUGAAGAGUAAUUUAAAAGAGAACUGUUUAGAAUUGGAGGGAUUAUGAUGAUGGUGCUUAAUUACAAGGAUACUUUAUUUUCCUCAGGGCGUUUGAAACUUAAAUUGGUGGAAAGUCGAGUAAUUCACGUUACCUUGGAUACCAACGAUGUCUCUGUACAGGCCACGUAUAACGUCAGUUUAUCAAAUGACAAUGCACUAGUGCAAACUUUAACCAACGUGCAAGGGACAGCAAAAUUUACCAGACUUGAAGUAGCUACUUUUUAUGAGAUUACGGUAUCGAUAUCUAAUUGUGAUCAACAGGGUACAUCUUCACUAAAAGUCAGGACAGCUGGAAACCUACUGCGAGGAAGAACGGCAAUUACAAAUUUAAACUUCACAGAAGCAUUUCAAAACAAAAAUAGCGCCAAGUACAAAGAGUUGGAGCAGAACUUCACUGCGGAAGUGAAAAAGGGUUUCAGUACGACUUUGCAGAAUGCCCUGGAGAUUGGAGAAAUUGUAGUUAAAAUCACGAAUGUUUCAAGAGGAAGCGUGGUUAUGGAUUACAUAAUUGCAGUUGCAACAAAUCUAAGGAACAGUUCUGAAACAGUAAAAAAUGCGUUUAUUCAAUCCUUAAACAACACUCAACUGUAUGAUAUAGAUCUUCAAAGAACAACGAUUGAAGGUAGGGAAAUGCCGCACAAACAUUUCAAUCAUUGGCUUCAUACUGCUUUACAAACAUCUAGAAAUUGUAUUUUGUACUGAAACAUGAACAGUUAAUGCAAGACACCACUAUGGUUACAGCAACAGAAUAGAGUCAAAUGUUCUCUAUGUUUGGGUGAUGCUAGGACAGGGCUUUAAAACCCUGGA